AUGAACCACGACGAGAUAUCCGCUAAUGGCAACGCCAACGCGGGCGCUGACGAGGAGCGCAAGGUCCAACCAAUCCCACCAUUGGACGAGAGAGAUAUUAAGCUGGGAUACAUGAGCGAGGCCGAUCGACAUGUCUACGAACAUGGUAUUCAAAAGUUCAGCCGUCUCGGCUGGAAGCGUCUUACCGUCGUGCUUAUUGUGGAGGCUAUCGCAUUGGGCAGUUUGUCAAUUCCUUCUACGUUCGCUACUCUCGGUAUGGUUGCGGGUGUGAUUUGUACCGUUGGACUUGGUCUAGUUGCCAUUUACACCAGUCAUAUCAUUGGCCAAGUCAAGCUUGCUUUCCCCGAGAUCACUAGUUAUGCGGAUACUGGUCGGUUGAUGGGAGCGCGUCUUGGAUGCCCUCGUUUUGGUUAUGAAUUGAUGAGUGGGAUGCUUGCUCUUCAACUACUAUUCCUUACUGGCUCUCACUGCCUAACUGGAACUAUUGCUUUCUUGAAUAUAACCAAAAGCGACGUCUGCUCAGUGGUAUUUGGAGUAGUCUCUGCGAUUAUUCUCCUAUUACUCGCAGUCCCUCCUAGCUUCACCGAGAUGGCUAUCCUGGGCUAUGUCGAUUUUGCCUCGAUUAUCCUCGCUAUUGGUAUUACCGUCAUCGCUACGGGCAUUGAUGCACACAACUCCCCCGGCGGUCUUACCGGUGUUAACUGGUCCGCAUGGCCUAAGGAGGGUAUCACGUUCUCCGAGGCAUUCGUGGCAUUGACGAAUAUCAUUUUCGCGUAUAGCUUCGCCCUCUGCCAAUUCUCCUUUAUGGAUGAAAUGCACACUCCUCGCGACUACGUCAAGUCUAUCUGGGCUCUCGGUAUCACGGAGAUUAUUAUCUAUACCCUUGCCGGAGCCUUGAUCUACGCUUUCGUCGGACAGGAUGUGGGUAGUCCCGCUCUUCUGUCGGCUGGUAGUCUGAUGAAGCGUGUUGCUUUUGGUGUUGCUCUGCCAGUUAUCUUUAUCAGUGGUUCUAUCAACACUGUCGUGUUUGGACGUCUUGUCCAUGGUCGCAUCUUUGCUGAUUCCCACAUCCGCUUUAUUAAUACGAAGAUGGGAUGGUUGACGUGGCUUGCUGUUAUUACUGCUGGCACGAUUAUUGCAUUCAUCAUUGCUGAGGUCAUUCCUUUCUUUAAUGAUUUGCUUUCAAUUUCUUCGUCGCUGUUCAUCUCUGGCUUCACUUUCUAUUUCCCUCCUAUGAUGUGGGCAUUGCUUCUCAAGAAAGGCAAGUGGAGUGAGCCUAAGAAUAUCAUGCUCGGUCUUGUCAACUUGGGUGUCUUCCUGAUUGGUAUGGUUACACUAGUGGCUGGAACAUACUCUAGUGUUGAUGAUAUUAUCAACAAGUACAAGGCGGGUACUGUGCAUGGUGUUUUCACUUGUGGCUCUCCUGAGUAG